GCUCGUGCGUUGUAAGUGUCAAAUGAGCUUCAUGUGAAUGUGUGAGGAUGUAGAAACAUUUGUCUACAACAUUUCAUCAAACUCAAACAUUUGGGUGGACUGUGAAUGUGCAGGCAUGUUCGUGAAGAUGUUAUGGAGGUUACAGCAGCCUCUGAAAAGCACACAAGCUUGUGGAUUUACUCUCAGACAGCUAAAUGGCUUAAACAGUGUCACAUCCAACAGGUUAAACUGCUCAACACUGGCACUGCAAAACGCAUUUAAAGACCAGAGGAACUGUCCCGCCAUUUCACAACAUUGUAUAUUACAAAAAGGAGGACCACAUUUUGAAGUGCUGACUCCUUUAAACUUAAUGUCCAAAACAUGGAGUUUCCAAUGGAGAUUACAGUCUACAACAUCCGCAACACACUUAGCGCUGAAACAAGGAGGAAUGUCUGGGAAAAGGACUUUUAAGGGACCAAGAACCAAGCAGCCAUCACGAGCCAGUCAGCCUAGUCCGGAGGAGGACAUGAUGCAGUGCAUUGCAUACGCAACCGCAGAUCAGUAUCACUUACCAACCCUCUGUCACGAUCUUAUCGCUCACGGCUUCAGUGAAAUCAAAGAGUUUCCCAGAGAUGCGUCUAAUGUUUUGGUGAUGGGAACAGAUAAUUCUGCAAAGCCUUAUGAUAGUGGCACAAUAUUCUUCUUCAGAGAAGGAUCAGUGGUGUUCUGGAAUGUUGAGGACAAAACUAUGAAGACAACGAUGAAGAUUCUCGAGCAGCACGAAAUUCAACCCUAUGAAGUCGCUCUGGUCUACUGGGAAAAUGAAGAGAUUAAUUAUACAGUCGGAGAAGGUCAUUCAAAACUCCGCCACGGGAUUUUCCUGUUUAGUGAAGAACUGGAUUAUGAGCAGGUUAUUCUGGAGAAGUUUGCUUUUUCCAAUGCUUUAUCUCUGUCAGUAAAACUGGCAAUAUGGGAGGUCUCGCUCGACAGCUUUGUUGAGUCCAUCCAGUCAAUUCCUGAGAUGCUGAAGUCUGGACAGAGAGUGAAACUGUCGAGGGCUGACGUCAUGCAGAAAAUAGGAGAGCUCUUUUCUUUGAGGCACUGCAUCAACCUGAGCUCUGAUUUACUGAUCACACCUGACUUCUACUGGGACAGGGAAGAUCUGGAGCUGCUCUAUGACAAAACCUGCCAGUUCCUCAAUAUUAAUAGAAGAGUCAAGGUAGUGAAUGAGAAAUUACAGCAUUGCACUGAGCUAACAGACCUGAUGAGGAAUCACCUCAGUGAGAAACACAGCCUCAGACUGGAGUGGAUGAUUGUUGUGCUCAUCACCAUUGAGGUGAUGUUUGAGCUUGCUCGUGUGAUCUUCUGAGGACCCGCAGUCUUACAGUAGUAUUUUGUAAACCAGCAGAUAAUUUUAUCUUCUGUUACUGUAACUGAAGCACUCAUUGAUUAGUCUUCUGGUCUUUUUCUAUUAUUAAUGUGACACUGAAAAACCACAAAUAAAGGUUUUUAAUUGAAC